CGAUGUGAUUGGAUGCACAGUGGAUCGAAACACUAGAAAACGUGACGAGUGAUCGAAACGCAUAGUCUCUAUUAAAACAGUUGUGCUGUAAAAGUUAGUGUCUUCAGAAGGAACAAACCAUAGCACUGUUUACGUAUACGAAUAGAAACAUUAAUUUAAUUCUAUACAUAUUCAAUUAUUCAUUAGUCUGACAACUGUCGCACGCGCGAUACAAUUCCGCUGGUGAGAGAAAGAGAGAAGUUCGAAUGAAAUGGAUUCACCGAUUUUCUGAACUGUUCGCUCGCAAUACGUAAAUAGUGAAACAAGACAUCGUUGACAUGAAAUCAUAAUAGUAAUGUUGUAAUCCAGUUAGCUAUUACAUUUCCAACGACUAUGUUUCGAAAACAACCGAAAGGCAGAGAAUUCACGUUUCAGCGUUCGUUUACUGUGACUUAAAUUAUGCAAACAAUAAUGCCAGUUUCAGUCAGAUCCGUAGAAAUACAUGUAUCGUAAAGAGUUACGCGCCUCGAACGAUACGUAUAUUUCUUACAUCGAUAAAUGAGAGUGUAUGCGAGCGACGGUAACUUACAAUUAAUCAAUUGUAACAUACAUGCCUCGCAAACGAAGAAAAAAGCCAGACACAUGAAAAUACGAUGCUAGAAAUACGCAAAUUAAUGCGAUAAACUGAUAAAUUUAUCGUACUUCUGGUUUUACGGUUUAAUUGCGCGAACGAUGGCACCCAAGAGAGACAAAUGGGUGAGGCGUUUUAUUAUUCCUGAAACGGCACGGCAUAAGAAAGGCUUCACUAUUUACAAAGUCACAUCUGUGGUAUUUUUGAAAUCUUCUCACGAAGAAAUCUCCAAAGUAUCUGUAUGGAAGCGUUAUAAUGAUUUCAAGAAACUUCAUACAGAAUUAAGUGUAUUAUGCUCACGAUCUCAAAUUAAAGAAAGCUUUCCAUCGUUUCCAAAACCGAAAUUCUUUGGCAGGUUCGAAACAGAAGUAAUCGAAGAAAGGAGGGAAAGCGCAUUGAAGUUUUUAGAAUUUAUAGGAAGGCACUCUUAUUUAUAUUCUAGCGAUACCUUCAUAAAGUUUUUUGAAACUAGUCACGCGGAUUAUUCCUUAAACGAAUGUUCUCAAUCUCUUAGUUCCGACACAUCCGCGGAAGAUGACCAUCGUACUUACAUAAACACUCUACCCAGUGAUGAUGUUUCGCAAAGUAUUUUUCAACCUAAAAGUAUCCAAAAUUCUGUAACAAAUUCUUGUUCCAUAUUAUCUAUCUCUGUUCCCAAAGAUGAAACAAAACAGUCUCAAGAGGCAUCCAAGCCUAAAGAGUUACAAUCUACGCAAUUAAAUGUCACGGAUUAUAAAACCGAGAUUGAGAAGUCUACCAUGACAAAAAGUAAAGCUAAUAAUUUAUUUGUAAAAGAUAGCGAUUCAGAGAGAAUUGUAUCCGCUUUGGAGGAUAAUCAAUUAAUUUGUAAGAAUAAUAAUUAUUAUAAAGACACAAAUUGUAACGUUAAAAACGAAAACGAUUGUAUAAUUGUACAAACACCAAAUAGUAAUAUAAAAAUCAACACAGCUACGGAAGAUUUGGGUUCAUCGAUAACGACACACGAUGGCUCCGAUUUAUCGCAAUUGUGGCCGGAUUCUUCGCAAUAUAUUUUGGUUGCUGCUGCACACAUGAGUGCGGCCUUUAAACAUGAAGAUCUCACAGAGUACGAAGAAGCAUUUACCCAAUAUAAAAUGGGCAUCUCCAGUCUAAGAUCUGGAGUUGAAUAUGAUUCGAAUAAAAUGAGAGCAGAAAUAAUUCAAGAAAAAAUAUCAAAGUACUUGAAACGCGCUGAGAAGCUUUACAAUAGAUAUCUGAAUUGUAAUAUCUCGUUAUUAUGUAAACCUAUCUCAGAACUCCAACAUUACAAAGUACUAAAAAUAAUUGAAUCAGUAAUGCUUGUGAAGGAUGUCCAUCGAAAUUGCCUCAACAUUGUGAAAGCUAUAGAAAAAUCAUCUACAAAUAAAGAAAAUAUUAGUAAUUAUAUAUUACGUGGACAGGUGCCAUAUAUGGUAAAAUUACAUGCAUGCAUUGAAACAGAAACGACAGCAUUCCUAAUUUUGCAGUAUCUAAGCCGCGGAAAGUUAUGGAAUUUUAUAACAACGCAUUACAACUCCAAUAGUAAUGAGAUGUGUGAUAAAAUGAUUGUGGAAAAUAAUAGUGAAAAAUCGGUCAGUGAUAAUAAUAUUAUUUUAGAACAGAAUGGUUCGAAAAAUGAAAUUGAAGGCGCUAUAACAUCGAUAGAGAAUAUAAACUUUAUUAGUACAAAUUCUAAAGUACAAAUGGAGAUAGAUCCAGCGACGGUAGAAGGAAACUAUGAAAACUUUAUGGAUGUAUCUACCACGCAAUUAUUAGAAAAAGCACAAAUAUUGUUACAAUCGGUUAACGCUACUUUGAAAGAAAGUAAUUCGGUCGCUAAUCGAUUACGCGAAUCUGAUUAUUUGAUGAAUCAUGAAGAUAACACUACGUUAUUAAAUUUGAAAAACAGUAGGUCUCAAUCUAAAGACUGGAACGAAGCGUCGGUAACCACUAAUGAAAUAUCGUUAAAAAUUGAUGGAAUAAAUAAAACUACCGUUAUCGAAAAGCUACCUGAAAAGAAUGUGAUAAUUUCUAAUUACUUACCGUUAAACAAUAUUAACAAAAUAAGAAGUCAAUGUAGUACUGAUAAUUCAUCAUUGAGCAAUAGUUGUAGAGAUCUUAGUUUUGAUGAGAAAGAGUCGACGAGCUCUUCGACAGAUAAUUUAAAAUCUGUUGGCAAACACCUCACAAUACGGCAUAAAAAUAGUAAUAAAUCUACUAACUUUGCCAAUAAUUGUGAAUUAAAUAGAUUGAUAGAAUCUUAUAACAAAUCUGAAAAAAAUGAUUAUUGCUCGUCGAAUGAUCAACAGAUACGAUACAUAGAUACUACACAGUCAAUGGAAUCUACGGAAAACAAUUUGGAUGUUGAACAGGAACUUUGGACAAUACCAGAAAAUGUAAUUCGCCUCUGGGCCGCUGAGAUACUUUUAGCGUUAGAAGCAUUGCACCAACAAGAAGUUAUAGUUUAUGAUUUAAAACCGGAUAACAUAUUACUCGAUGAUCAUGGACAUGUUCAACUGACAUAUGUUAUACCCAUACACGACGUAGACUUAUUGAAAUAUAAGCAUCCGUAUGCAUCUCCUGAAUUAUGUAUGUUUCCCCCUAUGAUUCCUCUUACUUCUUCUACGGAUAUUUGGAGCUUUGGCAUUAUCUUGUAUGAAUUACUAGCAGGCAACAAGUUUCAGACAAAGCACCCGUGUGUAUUUCAGUCACAUUCCAUAAUUAACAUUCCCAACAAGUUAUCAGAGAAUGCAAAAUCUUUGCUUCUUAAUAUAUUAAAAUAUCAACCAUAUGAAAGGAUGACAAUACCUGAGAUAAAAGAGCAUCCCUUCUUUAAAGAUAUUAAUUGGCCAAGUCUGGCAAAUACAUUCUAAGACUAUAACAGUUGAUAUUUUAAAAGAUUUGAACAUCUUU